AACUACCAUUUUGACCCCAAGAUGUGCUUGAAAAAUGGAGGCAGAGCUCAAUUUGUUUUCUAUAUUCUCACACUCUCUCUUGCUGAUCUCACGCAUAGGUCUCGAUGUAUUAAGCAAUAUAUAUAUAUAUAUAUAUAAACCUAGAUCAAAUUUCGAGUGGGCUGGCAUUUUCAUAUACACAUUUAUGAAAUUAAAGACAAACUCCCAACGAUUGAAGGAGCAAGGUAGCCCAAAGUUGAAAAUGUUGGCGAAAAGGUUCGCUUCUAUAUUCAAGCGCUCUUCAACUCCAUAUGCUUCCAGCAAUUCCAUAAAGCCAUCGGAGAAUGAGGUGAACAAAUCAUGGGGUCGGAAAGCCGUCUCCUUUGUACUUAUUACUGUUACUGGUGGUGUAGCUUUGAGUGCUUUAGAUGACCUUGCCAUCUAUCAUAGCUGUAGCAGCAAAGCUAUAGAGAAAGCGAGAAACAAUCAAGCAGUUAAAGAUGCAAUUGGUGAACCCAUUGCUAAAGGUCCAUGGUACAAUGCAUCACUUGCAGUAGCUCAUAAGAGACAUUCUCUAUCCUGCACAUUUCCGGUAUCAGGACCACAAGGCGCAGGGAUCCUCCAACUGAAGGCAGUUCGUAAUGGAGAGGAUUCCUGGAUUUCCUUUCUCCGGCCUCGGGACUGGGACAUUCUGAUGAUGGAUGCUCUCCUUUAUGUUCCUGAAAACGAAGGUAAGCAGAAAACUUUGCGUAUUAAUCUCACCGAGAAGUUUGCUCCUGCUGCUUGUGUCUCAUGCACUGGUUGUCAGCCUCCAGAGACAGAGAAGAGAUGAAGUUAGCUUUUAAGGAUAGUGUGAAACUAUUCUCAAAACUUAGCAGUUUCUAUUAGUUUUCUGUCCCGACAUGAUUUUAAGCUAACCAAAGGAUCGAAGUAUUCGUUAUCCCCACCAAAAUAAUGUUCUUUGAGGUUGAGUUCAAACCAUGGUAGAAGAUUUAUUAUUAUAGAACCUUGCUGAUAUCAAAUGUGGAAAGUUAUAUGGUUCUACCGUAAAACCCAAUUCCUAAAAGAAAAAUAGUAACUAUUCAUCUGAUUUCUUUGUUCUUAUUUGUUUGUUUGGGACCUUUGGGUUUGGUGGUGUGGUUUUAUGCUGCCAUUAAUCUUGAUCUGUACAGAGUAGGUGGUAAAAAAAGGUUAGAAGAACUUAGAAGGAAUAGGUUAGGUUUGAUGAUUGAAAAAAAGUUAUCUUAAAGGUUAUAUAUUCGAAAAAUCUCUCCUAAAAUAGUUCUAAUUUUAUCGGCACGACUCACACUUCAACAAGAAUCCAACUCCUUCAUAUACCAAAGUAUUUUUGGACUUGGAAAAUGCUAGUAUUGACAUUGAUUCAAACAUGAUUAAUAGUUUAGAAAUGAAAGUGAAAACAAUGGUUUUUCUUAAUAAUUGAUUUUUUUUUUAACAUUUUGUUACAAAAAAAGAAGGAUAGGUUAAGAAAUUAUAAAAGUAGAUUUGAAAGAAGAAAAACACUCCAAUUCUUCCCUUUUGGAAAAAGUGAAUGAAUGGCUGUGGUGAUUACACACACACCUUCCCUCAAUCUUCUUCACAAACCACACCAUUCUCCCUUUUUCAUCAUCUUCUUCUUCAUUCUUCCCCUGUUUUCAAUUCUCAACAAAAUCAAUGGCGUCUCUUCAAUCUCUGGCCUCCACUACUUCCCCUUCUUCUCCUCAUCUCCUUCAUCCUUCUUCCACCAAACUUAGACUCUCUUAUUCUCUCCACAGCAGCGCCUUCUCCUCAUUCCACGGCCGCUCUCUUUCCCUCUCCACUACCAAAUGCCACACACUCACUCGCCGCACUUACCGACAACGUCCAUGGAACCCCAUCCUCAUGGUUCAGCCCAAGAUUCAGUUCAUCCAGGGCACGGACGAGCAGACAGUGCCGGAUGUGCGGCUCACGAAGUCCCGAGACGGAACCAACGGAAUGGCGAUUUUCAGGUUCGAUCAGCCGUCAGUGUUCGAUUCAUCGGCGGAGGUUGGGGAUAUCACCGGAUUCUACAUGAUUGAUGAAGAAGGGGUGAUUCAAUCGGUUGAUGUGAAUGCGAAGUUCAUCAAUGGGAAACCGGCGGGGAUUGAGGCGAAGUAUGUGAUGAGAACCCCGAGGGAAUGGGAUAGAUUCAUGAGAUUCAUGGAGCGAUACUCCAAUGCCAAUGGCUUGCAAUUUGUCAAGAAAUGAAAUCAGGUUCUUUUUUUCUUUCUUUGCCCAAUUUUGUUUUUGCGUUUGAAAAUGAAGAUCAAUACUGUGUUUGAUUUAUGGCUGAUGGAUGAAGAUUUAAUUGAUGCUUUGUUCUAUGUUCUUUC